CAAAUCCGCCGGAUCGAGGGGCUGAGUUCUCUGGCUAAUCUGCGCACCCUGAGCUUGUCCUGUAACCUGAUAACGAAAGUGGAGGGACUGGAAAAACUCUUUAAUUUAACUCUACUCAAUUUGUCGUAUAAUCGUAUACACGAUCUCUCUGGAUUUCAGUGCCUUCAAGGAACCAGUCAUAAGAUUAGCCAUAUUGACCUUCAUGGCAACCGUAUAAGCAAUAUUAAGCACUUACUUCAGUGCACAAAGGGGCUGCGCUGUUUGACAAGUUUGACUCUGAAAAAAAAUGGAAAAGCCAAUCCAGUUUGUCACACAGCAGGUUAUAGAGCAACUGUUCUUCAAGCAUUGCCCCAGCUAACAGUUCUAGAUGGAAGAAAUACUUCUGGUGAACCAGUGGACGCAGCAGAAGAAAACUCUUCAGAUUUGCAAUGUUUAGAAGACAUUUUGGGCUCUUUGGUUUCACCUGGACGCCCCUCAUCCUGCAGUCAGAACUGUGUCACCUUACCAGUGGUGACCCCACAUAUCGACCAGGCAUUAGCUCAUUUUCGUCAGCGUGUGAGAAUACCAGUACAAAGUGCCAUCAGCUCCUCUACGGAGCUUGUCUCAUCUUCAGAACCAGAAAAGGCUGAACUUGAUAAAAUAUACAAUGAGAUGAGGAUUAAAAAAAUUGAAGAACAAGUUUCACAGAUACUGGAAAAGGUGUCUGAUACUUCAAGAAGAGAAGCUCCUCCAAAUGUUCUCAAAGCUAAGAGAGACACCGAUCCAACUUCUGAGAGUGAAAAUGAGAGUGGGAAAGAGAACAGAAAGGUUGCAAAAAGAAGCAAGUUCCCUACUUACCGUAGGACUCCCCCAACUACUAGGCGUCAUGCGAGUCAUCUUAAAAGUGAAAUAACUGACAGGGAAGAGAAGAAGAGUUCCUCAAAGUGCCCACGCUCCAGUCAGAGAGAAUCUCGUCUCAAUUCAUCAUCAGAUACCCAGGACUUGGAAGUAGUUGGAAGAAAAGCUGAAAUACUAACUGGAAGGCAGAGCAAUAUAGAAAAAAUAGAAGAAAUUAAUUCAAAUGCGACAGAGGAAUCAACAUACCGAGUGCUGAUUCAGGAACUGGAUCAGGAGAAGGAAAGGAGGUGGAAAGCAGAGCAAGCAGAGAAGAAACUGUUAGAGCAUGUCAGAGAGCUACAGAAACAUGCAAAAGAAGAAAAGAAUAUUCAGAGUAUGGCUGUGUACACUACAGACAGAUUAAAGGAAAUGAUACUGAAAGAGAGAGAUAUUAAAGCAAGACUGCAAGCAGAUGUCGAACAGCUGAAAGGUGAAACUGAAAGACUUACUAAUGAGUUAAAUCAGGCAAGAAAUAAAGAAGCAGAACAUCAGAAGGCCAUGCGAGCUUUAGAAGAAACACUAUCCAAGAUGGAGACACAGAGAUUGCAGCAACGAACAAUAGAGAUGAAGCAGGUGCAAGAAGCAGAACUUAAAGCAUCAGCAAAUGAAAGAGAAGUACAGUUACUUCGAAUAUCCUUUCGACAACAGAAAGAGAAGGUAAAACAACUACAUGAACUUCUUAUAUUAAGAGAGCAAGAGCAGAGGAAAGAACUUGAAACCCGAGUUGCUUUAAAUGGACCUGAAUUUCAAGAUGCUGUGUCAAAGGAAGUGGCUAAAGAGGAGCAGAGGCAUGAACAGCGUGUUAAAGAAUUUCAGGAGAAAAUUGAUACCUUAAACCAGAAGUACAAAGAGUUGGAAGAUGAAUUUCGUCUAGCUUUAACUAUUGAAGCAAAAAGGUUUAAAGAGGUGAAAGAGGGUUUUGAAAAUGCUUCUGCUGAUCUAGUUGAACAUAAACGAGCCCUCUAUGAAUUUGAACAAAAGGAGAAAGAGAUGACAUGUCUGAUUCAAGACCUGACAAGUAUAGUGAAAGAACAGAAAGCAAAGAUUGCAGAAUUAACCAAGUCAAAUGAAGAAGCUGCAGCAAACCUGAAGUGUCGAACUGAAGAACUUGAAACUGUGACAGAGGAGAACAAACAGAAGGCUGUUCAAGUUGAACUUCUGAAAAAGGAAAAUGGAAAACUUACUUCUCAGCUGACAGCUCAGGAAUCUGUGAUUGAUGGGUUAAAAAUGGAAAGAAAAAUAUGGGGGCAGGAGUUGGCACAACAGGGAGCUCAUCUUGCUCAAGAUCGUGGAAAACUGGAGGCAAAAAUUGAAGUUCUGACAAACGAGAUUGAGAUGUUAAAAAAGCAAAAGGAACAGGACAGUGACACUAUAAGAAUUAAAAACAAAAUAGUGGAUGAUCAGACAGAAACAAUUAGGAGAUUAAAAGAAGGCUUACAAGAAAAAGAUAAACAAAUCAGAAAGCAGCAUGAAGAAAGUCGGGAAGCUCAGAAAUCUUUUCAAGUACAGUUAGAUGAAAAAACUGCUGAAUUUGAAGAGCUAAUGGAAAAAUUAGAAAGGCAAAAUAAAAGAAAAGAAGAAUUAAAGCAACUGCUAGAAGAAAAAGAAGUGGAACUUGAUGACAUUAAGAAUGCACACAGUGCACUGAAAAAGAAGUGGCAAGGUAAAGGAGAGCUAAUAAGUCACCUGGAGGUGCAGGUUAAACAAAUGAAGGAGAGUUUCGAUAUCAAAGAGAAGAAGCUGAUUGAGGAGAGAAAUAAAAGUCUUCAAACUCAGAGGUGA